CUGUAGCGGUGCUAUUGUUUUCCCCGCGGAUAUUCCAAUCAACUCUAUAACAUUAGAAUCUUUAUAUGGAUUUACCGGUCGGCUGGGUGGCACAGAACUUUGCGAAUCGGUGGCGAAAUCACACACGCCUUACUGACCGCUUGAAAACGCGUGUGUACUCGUAAUAUUUAUACUGAAGUCCGUGCGGCCCAUAUUUAUUGCACUUAAUGAAUUGAAUUUAUUUUGAAAUUAAUUGCACUGUACAAAUAAUAGAAAUGUCAACGCGUUUAUGGUCCGCAUUUGCGAUAGUCGUGCUUUUACUUGGCAGCGUCUUCCAUGACGCGCAUGCCCAACGCGGUAAUAUUAUAACGAAUUUCUUUGAGUUUUUGAGACGUGGUCAAAAUGAUUUGAAUAUCGAGCAUGUGGACGAUGGUGUGCGGUUGAUAAAAGAGUAUGAUUUCAUAGUGGUCGGUGCGGGCACGGCGGGCUGUACGCUAGCGGCGCGCCUAUCGGAGAAUCCCGCCUGGAAGGUGUUGCUCAUCGAGGCGGGCGGCCCGGAAAAUGCAGCCAUGGAUAUACCCAUACUCGCGCAUUUUCUACAACUCACCGAAAUUAAUUGGAAUUACCGCACGCAGCCUUCGAACAAAUAUUGCCUUGCAAUGAAUAAUCGCCGCUGUAAUUGGCCGCGUGGCAAAGUGAUGGGUGGCUCGUCGGUGCUCAAUUAUAUGAUGUACACGCGCGGCAAUCGACGUGACUAUGAUCGGUGGGCUGCGAAUGGUAAUGAGGGCUGGAGUUAUCGCGAUGUUUUGCCAUACUUUAAGAAAUUCGAAGGCUCUGAAAUACCGAAUGCCGAAAGCGACUAUGUAGGCCGGAAUGGACCGGUCAAAAUUUCACAUGCUGACUGGCGCUCCGAAAUUUCAAAUGCUUUUGUGAAAGCGGCGCAACAAGAUGGCUUGAAAUAUCGUGACUAUAAUGGACGCAUACAAACGGGUGUGUCCUACCUGCAAGCCACUAUAUACAAGGGCAUGCGUUGGAGCUCUAAUCGCGCCUAUCUCUACCCCAUUAAAGGCAAACGCGCCAAUUUGCAUGUGAAAAAAAAUGCUCUAGUAACCAAAGUGCUCAUCGAUCCUACAACGAAUGCGGCGUACGGCGUGGUGCUAAGCACUGGCGGUCAAUCCUUUCAAGUGCGCGCCAGGCGUGAAGUGAUACUCUCUGCGGGCGCCAUCAAUACGCCGCAGUUGCUCAUGCUCUCCGGCAUUGGACCAGCGCAACAUCUGCGCGAUGUGGGCAUCAGGCCAAUUGUGGAUUUAGCCGUAGGUUUCAACUUACAAGAUCACAUCGCACCAGCGGUCUCAUUUACUACGAACGUCAGCUCAAUCAGAACCAGUAACUACUUCGAAGCCAGCAACAUAAUGCAGUAUAUCGACGGAAAAGGACUUUUUGGUUUGCCGGGCGCUGUGGAAACAAUUGCCUUUUGGGAUCUGAGUCAUCCAGAAUUGGAAGACGGUUGGGCUGAUAUAGAAUUGUUUCAGAUAGCCGGCUCAUUCGAUGAGAAUCCUGCAACGUUACGUGCUUUCGGCCUACAACUGGACACCUAUAAUGCCAUGUUCGCGAAUGUUAAAACAGACGGCUUCGAGAUAUUUCCAAUGAUACUGCGUCCGAAAAGCCGUGGACGUGUAAUGCUCAAAAGUAAUGAUCCCUUCAAAUAUCCGCUUUUGCAUGCAAACUACUUUGCACAUCCAGAUGAUUUGGAUAUAGCAGUGCGCGGUGUGCUUAAGGCCAUCAGCUUGGUGAAACAACCAGCUUUUAAGGCGAUCAAUGCGAAGGUUUUGGAGCGCGUCAUGCCCGGGUGUGCUAAGCUGGCGUAUAAGUCGCGUGCCUACUGGGAGUGCUACGUGCGACAUUUCACAUUCACCAUCUAUCACUACUCGGGCACGGCGAAAAUGGGACCGGCCAGUGAUCCAGCUGCUGUAGUUGAUUCACGGCUGAGGGUGUACGGUGUAGGGAAUUUGCGUGUGGUCGACGCAAGUAUAAUGCCGCAACUCAUUGCAGGGCACCCGAAUGGGCCUGUGUUUAUGAUCGCCGAGAAGGCGGCGGAUAUGAUAAAACAAGAUCACAACUAUAUUUGAGGG